CCUCGCCUGUGACGGUCACGUGACGCGGGUUUCCCUCCCCUCCCCUCCUGACCCCGUCUCCCGUCUGGUCAAUAGCAGGCGGUGGCGGCGGCGCAUGCGCAGCAGGGCCGCAGCACGCCCCGGCUCUGCCCCCUCCGCAGCCCGUCUCCCUCCGCCCUACAUAAGGCGGCGCGGCGGGGUCCCGGCUGCCCACGGUGCGCGGCGGCUCCGCGCGGCCUCCUCCCGCCUCAUACACACCCCCCACCCCGGUCCUGGCUCUGGUCCCGGCCGCGCCGCCGCCGCCACCAUGAGCUCGGGGACGCCGUACAUCGGCAGUAAGAUCAGCCUGAUCUCCAAGGCGCAGAUCCGCUAUGAGGGCAUCCUCUACACCAUCGACACCGAGAACUCCACCGUGGCGCUGGCCAAGGUGCGAUCCUUCGGUACUGAAGACCGGCCCACAGACAGACCUGCUCCUCCCAGAGAAGAAAUCUAUGAAUACAUCAUUUUUCGAGGCAGUGACAUCAAAGACAUCACUGUCUGUGAACCUCCAAAAGCUCAGCAUACUCUGCCACAAGAUCCUGCCAUUGUUCAAUCUUCACUGGGCUCUGCCUCUACAUCAUCCUUUCAGCCACAUGUGCCUUACAGCCCGUUUAGAGGUAUGCCACCUUACAGCCAGCUUGCAGCCAGCUCUUUACUUAGCCAGCAGUAUGCAGCUUCAUUAGGUUUAGAGAAAUUGGUAAGCCCUCCAGCAUCAGCAGCUGCUUCCAGUCCUAGUUCUUCUCCGUCUCCACAACCUGUCUCAGAGCCUGACAUGUCUUCAGAGCCCCAUCAGCUCUCUUCCAAGGGUGCUGGUUUUCCUUCUGUUCACCCGGUCCGCAAGAGCCCCAUGGUGGAACAGGCUGUUCAGACCGGGCCGGUUGACAACAUGAAUUCACAAAAGCCACCCCCAGUGAAAGUAAAUCCCGGGGUUCAGCGCAACGGGCGGCAGGUUCCACAGGGCAGCAGUAAGGCCAAUGUAGAUACAGUUCAGGCAGCACCUGUGCAAACCCAAGGACAGGUGAAUGAUGAGAACAGAAGACCUCAAAGGAGAAGAUCGGGAAACAGGAGAACCAGAAACCGUUCUAGAGGACAAAACAGACCAACUACUGUGAAGGAAAAUACAAUAAAGUUUGAAGGUGACUUUGACUUUGAAAGUGCAAAUGCACAAUUCAACAGAGAGGAACUUGAUAAAGAAUUCAAGAAGAAACUGAACUUUAAAGAUGACAAAGCAGAGACGGGGGAAGAAAAAGGGGACCCUGGAGUGGCAACUCAAAACAAUGAUGGCAGUGCAGAGGAGGACCUUCUGGGACCCAACUGCUACUAUGAUAAAUCCAAGUCUUUCUUUGACAACAUUUCCUCAGAACUGAAGUCUAGUUCCAGGCGCACCACGUGGGCUGAGGAGAGGAAGCUCAACACAGAGACGUUCGGAGUGUCCGGCCGGUUCCUCCGUGGCCGCAGCUUUCGCGGUGGGUUCCGAGGUGGAAGGGGCAGCGGCGCCGCGAGGCGGAACCAACCCACUCACAGAGCUGGUACCGGCAGAGUGUAACUUGAGGUUCUAACAUCUCCCCUGAGAGGAUGAAAGUGUAUAUAGAAAGAAACCAACCAACUGCUGCACUAAUGUGGGAAAAUGGUUCAUAUUGUUUACUGUCUCAGCUCAAGUGACAGAACUUCAUGUACUACUGCUUAUAUUCUGGACUUAUUUUGGACCAGCAACUGUCAGCUGGAAUAUUCUUUAGAAGAGGGAAUGUGUUCAGGGGUACCUUCUUCAGGGUGUCUUUUUUUUUUGUGUAUUUUUUUUUUUAAGUGCAGACUAACUUACAUGGUUCUUCUUUCUGGGUCUCUCAAAGGCUGCUAUAGUCUAAGCUGAAAGUCAGACUCCUUUUCUGAACCCUGAAGAAGAGAAAUCAUGCUAUUUUAACAUGGAACCAAAGUUCACUUGAAAUAAACCAGCUAUAAUUUCUUUGUUCUGAGUAACCAAAUGGAUUCUUUGGUGCUGCUGGUCUCACUGGUCUCAGCAGCAGGUGUGAAGCAGCACUUGGUAUCUGGCAGGAUGGAUUCCUGGUGCUGAGGAGUUGUGUAUAUUGUCACUUGGGAAUACUGGAUUGUUGAUCAUGUAGUAGUGUAAAUGACUGUACAACUGUUUGGCUGGUACUAGUGUGGAGGUACUACAGGUUUACACAGAGCCGUGGCUCUCCCUUGAGCUCAAGGGCACCGUGUGUUCCUCAGGCUCGGAGCUCCUUGCAGUGUGUGUGUUGUGUCCUGGUGGGACGUGUCUCUCCUGCGCUCAGCACGAGGAGGUUUUGGCAGUGUCUGACUGUCUGGGAUGGAAUCCGAAGCUCCGACUUCUUGCCUCCGUUUGUACCUUGCUCCUGGGUAGUACCGAACCCGAACAGUUCUCUGUACACUCGUAGGCUGUGGUGGAACACUAUGGAAUGUUUUCAUUAAACUGGGGAUGGGAGUCCAUAUCGUGAAGCUUAACCGAUGGGCAUGUUUAAUUUGUUUCCUCUGUACCCCCCCUACUGUAAAUAGUUUAGUUGGGUUUUUUCUCUUUUUGUUUUUAACAAGCUGUAUGUGGGGAAGGGUUUGGGAGGGGGGAACCUUUGUUUGCAUGAAUAAGUGGGUUAAAUUGCUGUAGGCAUGUGUCCCUUUUCAGUUGGUAGGGAAUUCUGUUGGAAAAGCACCUUGAUGACUGAACCCCUUACGUAGCUAGAGUUUUAGUUACGCGCUGACCUAGGUUACUGUAAAAGCUUGGAUUUAUUUUUGUAGGACUUUAUUGCUAAGGAUUAGAACAUAGCAGUGGGGCUGCUCUUUGGAGUAAUGUAAAUUGUAAUUAUAAUAAACAUGUAAAUGUUUCA